AUGACGCCAGACCUCUAUGGAAGUCGUCUGCUAGACAUCCAUGCGCAGAAACUCAGCCAGCACUUGGACUGGGACGCCCACACUGCCUUUCAUAUUCCGGAUGGAAGGGGGAGGGAAAAGAUGGAUUCUGCUGUACUAGAAGGUUUAUUAAUAGCCAUCAAGGAUGCUGUAUCUGGCAACCGUGGUGAAGACGACGUUGUAUUGCCACCAUUUGAUCCAGAUAAAAAUGACAAUGGCGCAGAAAGCUGGUGCAACAAUAUCGACACUAUAGCUAAGGAUCGUGGAUGGAGCAGCAUCACUACUGUUAGCAAAGCCGGUAAAACCCUUAAGGGAUCUGCUCUAUUAUGGUUCGAGACAUGGGAUCCCGAUGAAGAAAUAGAACAAGGCUUACAAUAUCUUGAACGAACCAUUGAGGCUCUAUGUUUGUCAGGAUUUACAAUUAAUUUAAAAAAAUGUAAAUUUUUCGUUCAAGAAAUAGACUAUUUAGGUAGACAUAUUUCUAGCGACGGUGUUAGGCCAAGCAACGAUAAAGUUAAAGCUUUGACGGGUUCUCCAGUACCAAGUACUGUAAAGGAAGUCCGUCAGUUCAUGGGCCUGGCAAGCUAUUUUAGAAAAUUCAUUCCCGAAUUUGCAUCUCGUACGGCUUCUAUCACUAAUCUCACUAAGAAAAAUCAAAAAUGGCAAUGGGGUCCUGAACAGGAUGCAGCUCGAGAGUACAUUAUAAACCAUUUAACUUCCAAACCACUUUUAAACAUAUUUGACCCAAGCUUAAAAACUGAAUUACACACAGAUGCCAGUAGUCUUGGCUACGGUGCCAUACUUUUACAAAAAAAGGAUAACCAAUGUCGUGUAAUAGCAUAUUUUAGUAAACGUACGUCUCCAGCUGAAUCUAGAUACCCCUCGUAUGAACUUGAAACUUUGGCCAUUUUUAAUGCUCUUAAACAAUUUCGGAUUUACUUACUAGGUAUAACUUUUACAAUUAUUACAGAUUGUAAUUCCAUCAAGGCAACCAUGAAUAAAAAAGAUAUUUCUCCUCGCGUGGCAAGGUGGUGGACAUAUAUGCAAGAUUUCACGUUUGACAUUGUGUAUAAAAAGGGUAAAUUUGUUACUCACGUAGAUUAUCUCAGUCGUAAUGCAGUAAGUACAUCCAUAGAGUCAUCUAAAGAAAUUAAUGUCAUUAAUGAAUCAAAUGCUCCACCAUCUUGGUUACACUCGGCACAAAAUAACGACCCUGAGACACAAAGUCUUUUAGAAAAAGUUAGGACCGGUGAUAUUGAUGGAAAUCGAUACAAAAUCGUGAAUGAUUUACUGCUUUAUAAAAACGAGAACGGAGAUAUUCCAAAAUUUUUUAUACCAAAAGGCUAUCGCCUUAGUUUAUUACGGUUGUUUCAUGAUCAAAAUAGUCACGUUGGUUACGAUAAAACCCUAAACAAAAUAUCCGAAAACUUUUGGUUUCCUAAUCUUGCUGCCUUUACAAAAAAAUAUAUAGAACAUUGUUUAGUGUGUGUAGAAGGUAAAAGUCACUCAGGGCCAAAACAAGGCUUUCUUCAUCCUUUAAAAAAAAACAUACCAUUUCACACGUUACAUUUAGAUUGCACAGGACCCUUUAAGGUAUCAUCAGAAGGCUACAAACACCUUUUGAUAAUAGUAGAUGGCUUCACCAAAUAUUGUAUACUAAAACCACUUAAGACUCUAAACGGUCAAGAAUUAGUUCCGAUCUUGCGAGAAAACUUAACUUUAUUCGGUACACCCACCUUGAUAAUAACUGACAGAGGCACAAAUUUUACUUCUGAUCAUGUAAAACUAUUACUUAGAGAAAUGCAAAUAGAACACCAUAUGAUAGCCACAGGUACGCCUAGAAGUAAUGGUCAAGCUGAAAAAUAUAUUGGUACUAUAAUUAAUAUGUUAACCACUACUGUUACCGAUUCUUCAGAAUGGCCAAGCGUAUUGUGGAAAAUACAACAAUCGCUGAAUACUACGAUACAAAAAUCAACUGGUUUUGCACCAACAAGAUUGUUAAUUGGUUGUGAUGGAAAUAUACCUUCUGUACAGGCUCGUUUAGAUGAAAUACAAUGUAGAGAUUCUAUUCAAGAUAUUGAUGUUGAAACUGAUAGGGUCUUGGCUAGACAACGCCUUAAAGGGGCUGCAGAAAAGUACAAAAAACGAUUUGAUAGUACUCGUAGGAAUAAUAUAAUUUUCAAUAUAGGUGAUAUAGUUUAUGUAAAUCAAGCCCAUAGAAGACAUGAUAAGUUAAGCCCUAAAUUCAAAGGCCCUUAUAAAAUAAUUAACCUUUUAGAACAUGAUAGAGUUUAUUUAAAAGGUCUUAAUACGUUAAGAAAUAUUACUGUGGCUAAAGAAAAAUUAAGGCUAUGGCCGGGAGAGUGGAUUGAACAGAAUUGUUCUUUUGAAGAGUCCCUACUAUUAUAA